AUACUAAUACAGCUCUCAGUCUUGGUUUGCACUCUUUUAAACAAGCGACAAUGCUGCUUGAGCUAAUAAGCAAAUGGAGCCAAAUGUGUACAAUUUACCUUCACGCAGCUGACUUGAAUGCGACUUUGAGUCGUUUGGGAGUUUAACAAAACAUCAGUCAGUUAUUGAAUUGUUUUGUGUGUUGAAUUUCUCUCUCCUUGACUGGUGCUUGUUUGUGUUUCAAAAGCAGGGCAGGGGCGGCUCAUCCUUCUCCUAAUCCACUCCAGCCUUUGCAAUAGCUUGUGAUUAAGAGGGUGUAUUUAUGGAAAGUGACGUGCAGUGAAUUUGUGACAAACUCAAUUACACCGAGAAGGCAAAGCUAGCUCUGGCACACAGUGACCGUGAUAAGGAAGACUCUACAGGGAGAUUUCAUCAAGAAUCUGCAGUCCUGAGACUCAAGGAAAGUCUGUCUUCAGUGCAGCCAGCACUGAUCUUCAGCAAAUCCCUGUCCCUCCAGUGAUCCCGGUUGACGUGUGGAUUUAUCUGACCGUCUGUCUGCAUUACGUGCUGAAGCGCACUUUCUGUGUCUUGUCUUUCAGAGUGAGAAGCAGAUCGCCUCCCACCUGCCUUUCCACUGAACCGGCAAAUCAACAGAAACCUCAAAACAGACAUCGACGACAAGACCAUCUCAGUGUGUCCGUUCCUCGGGUCUGAUUCGAGCACCAAGUCUUACACCAUCGGCUCCAAGUUCAACCUGUUACCUCCAGCCCUGUCCGCGGCAGGACUUUGAAAACCAGAAGAUCAUCUUCGCUCGUUAUCAGUGGAUUUGAAUUCCAGUGUCUUUGAGGGAACCUCGACAUUUCAAAGUGUUGGGACUGUUUUCUGUUCAGAACCGAGGUGGAAGAACCUGUGUUCAGCUUUGUUCAUGGGAUCAGCGUGUUUAGCUUCUUGGUUUUCAACUGCUCUAGUUAAACUGGAACUGGACCCAGUUUACUUGACCCUAUGAAUCGGAUUUCAGCUGUUUGGAGGAAUGGAUCCAUUUUGAUGCCACGUUGGAGCUCAUUGGAAGCGGGUUAAUUAUUAUGGUCACAGUUUUUAACAUACAGACAAUUGCUUAGAGGAAUUAUCAGUACUUUUCUGCUACGCAGUGAUUACUGUUAAUACUAUGUUAUGUUAUGUUAAUGAAGCAAACUUAGUUGAAGCAAACUAAAUAUUGCCACUAAAAUACAAAUAUAUAUAAAUAUACUUGAAUAACUAAUUCAUUUUUCAUGAUUGUUUGUCCUUCUGUGCUAAAAAUCCCUCAAUUUUGAUUUUAGGAAUUUCUGACAGUAUAAAACACUGCAUCAGAAUUCAAUACCUUCAUAAAAUAUAUUUAUAAAAAAAUCAGCAGAAAUGACUGACAGUGUCGUCAGAAUAUAAUACCUGAAAAAGAAUAACAGAAAGAUUGAGUUUUAUUACAGCAGUAUUUGCUGUUGAAACAUGUGAAGACGUUGACCUUGUGUAAUUGCAUUAACAGCAUUACUAUCCUUGUGGAGCAGUACGUUCUGCUAGGAUCCUAGAUUCGGGGCACCAGCAGCUCUGCACGCACCGUUCAGCCUCCAUCAUGGCGGAGCUGUUUCAUGGCAAGGUCCUCAUCAAGAACAAUAAGGACCGUGAUGAUGUGGACACGGACAGGGAGCUGUGUCUGCAGCUGGAGAACAAGGUGCUGCUGCUGUUCUUCGGGUCGGGGGAGUGCCCGCGCUGCCAGGACUUCACCCCGACACUCAAGGAGUUCUUCGUCCAGCUCACAGACGAGUUCUAUGUGGACCGAGCCAUGCAGCUGGCCCUGGUCUACAUCUCCCAGGACGAGAGUGAGGACAAGGAGAGCAAGUUCCUCAAAGACAUGCCCAAGCGCUGGCUCACCCUGCCCUUCGAGGAUCAGUACAAGAGGGAGCUGGAGUUCAUGUUUGGGGUUGAAGACACCCCUGUGGUGGUGGUCCUGAGGCCGGACGGGACGGUGCUCUCCCUGAAUGCUGUGGAGGAGAUCUCUCGGCUGGGGGGCGCCUGCUUCAAGAACUGGCAGGAGGCGGCCAUGCUGAUCGACCGCAGCUUCAUGAUGGCCGAGGACUUCGACGACAAACCCACGCGCAGCGUCACGGAGCCCCUGCGCAGACUCAAAUACAAACUGGACAAGAAGAAGAAGAAGAAGGGGCAGGGGGAGGAGGAUGAGGAGGAGGGAGCGGAGCGCUGGUCCUGAGGGAG